AUGGAAGUCGCAGCUGAACCAGAGCUUCAAUAUCAUCGCCCAGGCGCUACCAUGUAUUGGGCUAUUCUGCAUAUUCUCGCAGUAGCACUGCCAACCACUGCUUUCGCUACGAAUCAUGCAUGCAAAGUCGUCGAGUCCAAGAUUCCAGGCCGCAUCUCAUACCCCGGGACAACAACGUACAAUUCGUCCAUCGCAUCUUACUACGGCGACCAAGAGCGUGCCUUGAGUCCCAAUUGUAUCCUCAGGCCUACCACUACUGCUGAAGUAUCCGGGUUUGUCAAGUUGAUGACUUCAAACAACAGCACGAGUAAGUUCGCCGUUCGGGGCGGCGGACACACCUUCUGGACUGGCGCGGCGAACAUCGAGUCCGGCAUAACCGUGGACCUGCGCCUCAUCAACCAAGUAGAGUUGAGCGAGGAUAAAACGAUAGCCCGCAUCGGAGGUGGCGCAGUAUGGGAUAUCGCCUACUCACAGCUCGUACCGUACAACUUGACCGUCAUGGGAGGCCGUAUUCCCGGGAUUGGAGUCGGAGGCUUCGCCACUGGAGGAGGAAUUACCUUCGCCUCACGCGAUCACGGGUUCAGCUGCGACAACAUCCACGGUUACGAAGUUGUGCUCGGAAGUGGUGAGGUCGUCUAUGUCGACCAACGCUCCCAUCCUGACUUGUGGCUUGCUUUGAAAGGCGGGUCCAAUAACUUCGGUAUCGUCACACGCUUUGAUGUGGCUACUAUUCCUCAGGGCAAGAUGUGGUAUAGCAUGCUUAAUUACAACUAUACAAAUGCCACGUUGUGGGCCCACGCCAAAGCCUUCAGUGACUUUAUGAAGCCGGAGAAUCACGACGGCGCAGCCAUGAUGGGAAUGUUCCUGGACUAUGUAGACGGUAAACUCCUUCUUUCGGACGCCAUGUGGUACACAAGGGAGGUUGAGGAACCCGCCGUUUACGACGCCUUUACCGAGAUUCCGAACUUGGGGGGCGUCGCAGAGCUCAACACUACUGACAACGUCGUGGCGAACUUCGGGGAGAAUAUCCCGUCUAAGGUGGACCGCGGAUUCCAACUAACCUUUUCAUUCAACAACCCGGAGCCUAGUGUUUACAUGCAACUCUUCAAGAUCUGGGAGAAGGGCUUAAGCAAGAUCGCGAAAGUGGAAGGCAUAUUCGUCGAGUUCUUGGUUCAGCCUCAUCCCGUUACGAACGGCACCAACAUGUUCGGCCUGACGCCCGGAAAGACGGACGACGUGAUGGUCGAUAUGACUGCUGCCUACACUAACACGGCAGACGAUGCGCUAGUUAAGGCUGUUAUCACGGACAUUGUGAACCAACAACGCGCUCUUUUGAAGGCGCACGGACAUCUGAUCGACUUUAUCUACCUCAAUUACGCGGACAUCUCACAGAAGGUGCUCCAGAGCUGGGGCGCGGAUAAUGUGGCGAAGCUCAGAGCUGUCAGCAAGAGAUAUGAUCCCAAGGGCGUGUUCCAGAAACAGGUUCCUGGUGGGUACAAAAUUCCCAUGUAG